UCACUGUUAUAUUUGAGAAAUUUAUUAGGGAAAAUAUCUGAUUGAAGAUCAUAAGUGAAAUUAAUACAAUUCAAUAGUAUAACAUAAACUAAUCAAAGUAUAAAACCUUCCACAAUUUGUUCACGAUAAAUAAUUCAACCUAAGCUUAUUGUUGUAACAAUGAUGAUAACGAUAAUGGUGUGUAAAUCUAUUCAUCAUGUAAUAUUAUAUUUUGCUAUUGGCUUAAUAACAUUUCUAACAAUUAACAGUGAAGAAUACAAUCAAGGAUUAUUAUAUAACUCCAGAUUAAAUGCAUAUAAUAAGCGUUGGUUUCCCGUGAAAGAAUUUCAUUAUGAUGAACCUCUAGAGAUUAAAAAAAGGCCCCUAAUGUUUCAUAAACGCUGGUUUCCAGUGAAAGAAUUCCAUUAUGACGGACCACUUGAAGUGAAAAAACGAUCUAAAUUUCAAGAUAAACGUUGGUCUCCUGUCAAAGAAUUUCAUUAUGAUGAACCAAUAGAAGUUAAAAAGUGAAAACGAUAUUACCUAUCUGAAACAUCUUGGUUAUCUUCAUGAACAUUAGAAUUAAAUAAUAUUUUCAGUAAUUGAAUGAUAACAUUACAAAAAUGUAUACAUAUUUCAAUAUUGAUUUGAAUUUCUAAAUAAAUAUUUACAAUUA